CGGAAGCGGAUGAAGCAACUUCCACCGAAUCAAUUGUUGCUGCUACACUUUAACCUCGGGCGCACGUUUUAGUUCACGUUACAGUUAGACUUUACAAAACACCUGUCACCAUCGACUGGAUUACAUUUAAACGACACGAGGAGGAAAGUGGUGUUUUUUCUUUCUUUCAACAUUGCCGCACUUGCCGGUGCGGUCUUGCUUCCCUAUGAAAGAACCACUGUGGUAAUUUUCUAUGAGAGCGUCAGGGUGACACGAGUCGUGGUUACUAGAAAGGCAUGUCCUUGGACAGCGGACUUUUUUAGUCGAAUCCUCCACUUCACUUCUAAACUUGUUGCUUUUGGUCCGCAGCAUCUACGGAAACGCAUUUUGGAUACUUCGGGCGCUCGUUUUUUCGCGACGGCGGAAAGCAACGGCAAAUAAAGUGGACUUUAACUUAUCUAUAUGUAAAAAGAACUCUAAUUGUGAUCGAAACGUAUUUAUGAGGAGAUGUCCUUUUCCUGCUUGGCGGAUCUGUGAGCGCAAAACGGAGCACCGACUCUGCUUCACUUGCACCGGGUCUCGCACAUUGGGUCACCAUGGCAGGUGGAGUCGCAGCGUGGCUACCAUUCGCGCGCGCCGCGGCCAUAGGAUGGAUGCCCGUGGCGAGCGCCCCGAUGCCCCUUCCACCGCGGGACAAGAGGCGAAGUCAGGACGGGCUGAUAAUCUUGAACGUAAGCGGCUCUAGGUUUCAAACUUGGCGGAAUACUUUGGAGAGGUACCCUGACACUUUACUGGGAAGCACAGAACGCGACUUCUUUUUCCACGAGGAGACCAACGAGUACUUUUUUGACCGCGAUCCGGACAUAUUCAGACACAUUCUUAACUUUUACCGAACAGGAAAGCUACACUACCCUCGUCACGAGUGCAUCUCCGCCUAUGACGAGGAGCUGGCCUUCUUCGGCAUCAUUCCCGAGAUAAUAGGGGACUGUUGUUAUGAGGAGUACAAAGAUCGCAGGCGAGAGAAUGCUGAGAGAAUUCAAGACGAUGCGGAAAACGAAAAUAAUAACGAUAUGGUGGUGCCGUCCUUGUCGUUCCGCGAGACCAUGUGGAGAGCUUUUGAGAACCCUCACACAAGCACCAUGGCGCUGGUGUUUUAUUACGUCACGGGCUUUUUCAUAGCCGUUUCAGUUAUGGCCAACGUGGUGGAGACGGUCCCGUGCGGCACCGCGUCAAACAGGGUAAAAGAGCUCUCGUGCGGGGAGCGCUAUGCCCUCGCGUUCUUCUGUUUGGAUACGGCCUGCGUCAUGAUUUUCACGGUCGAGUACCUGCUUCGACUGAUUGCUGCGCCCAGCAGGUACAAGUUUGUCAAGAGCGUGAUGAGUGUCAUUGACGUGGUGGCCAUCAUGCCUUAUUAUAUCGGGCUGGUCAUGACGGACAACGAGGACGUGAGCGGGGCCUUCGUCACCCUCAGGGUCUUCAGGGUCUUUCGGAUUUUCAAAUUUUCGCGGCACUCUGCUGGACUGCGCAUCCUGGGGUACACACUGAAGAGUUGCGCGUCUGAACUGGGCUUCCUGCUCUUCUCGCUCACCAUGGCCAUCAUCAUCUUCGCCACCGUCAUGUUCUACGCAGAGAAGGGCUCCUCCUCCAGCAAGUUCACUAGCAUACCGGCCGCUUUCUGGUACACCAUAGUCACCAUGACAACGCUGGGAUAUGGAGACAUGGUUCCCAAGACCAUUAUGGGAAAGAUCUUCGGCUCUAUUUGUUCUCUGAGUGGCGUGCUGGUGAUCGCUCUUCCCGUGCCCGUCAUCGUGUCCAAUUUCAGCCGGAUCUACCACCAGAGUCAACGUGCAGAAAAGCGGCGUGCCCAAAAGGCAUCUAAAGAGGCGGGCCAAUCUCUGGUAUGUAAGGCCAACCCCAUUUUUGAUACCGAUCAUCACCAUCUUCUUCACUGCUUGGAGAAAACCACGAAUCAUGAGUUUGUGGACGAGCAGACCUAUGAGACGAGCUGUAUGGAGGUUUCUGGAAUGAAGCAAUCGAUGUCUUGCUCUUCAUCAUCGUCUUCCUCUCCGCACGGCCUCACUUGCUGCUCGCGUAGGAACAAGCGCAAGAGCUUUAACGUCCCCAAUUCCAACAUGACAGGUAUACGCAGAGGCAGCAUACAGGAGCUCAGCACCAUCCACAUCAGAGAGAGACCGCAGAGCAACAGUCGUUCCAGCCUCAAUGCCAAGUUCGAGGAAACGGUACCUCUUAAUUCGGAAGAGCAGCCCUACAUCACUGCCGCUGUCAUCAGCAUGCCGACUCCGCCUGUGACCACGCCCGAGGGUGGAGACUCCUCCUGCUCAACCGACUUCUUGCGAAGCAACAUUGUCAGGGUGUCGGCCCUAUAGACCAUCCACAGUGACCAUUAGCUGUUUUAUUUGGCGAUUGGACGCUGGAACAGGAGGAAUUGAUGGAGCCCUCUAGUGUAGUAGAGGAGGCAUUGCAGCAGGGCGGGCCGUAGCUGGGUUUUUUACCGGCUCAUGUCCAGGGCUCUGCUUCGCUGUUCCGGGAUGUCAGCUCCGCCUGGGGGCUCAUACAUCAUGUGACUCACACGUGGGCCCAAUAGGCUUUCACUCAACCCAUAGAGGAAAUGGAAAACGAUAACCAUACAAGUGUGGUUAUUCUAGCUUCUAUACUUUUGAGUAUUGUGUGUGUUUGAAUUUGUUGUCUUAAACUUAAUGAGAUCGACAGCUAUUUGUGAUUAUGAGUGUACCAGCAGGGGUGGGAUUUUACAGUAUGAUAUUUACAAGCUCUACACACCGAUACUUUUGAUACUUCGAAGUAAAGCUGGGCUCUACUAGGGUACAUGGUUUUUGCGUGCGUGCGCGUAUGGUAAAGACCGGUCUCUUGCAUGUUUUGCAUUCAUAAGUCUUUGUCUUAUUUCCAAUUCGGCAUGAGCAAUAAGGAUUGGCUGUGUGGGUGUGUUUAAUUGUCAGUAUUUUGCCUAGUUAUACAGUAUUGAUUUGCAGCAACCUUGAGCCCCCAGAAUGAGCAGCUGUCAAAUAAAGGUUUUUUGUUUGUUGGCCUUUGUGGUGAUAAACAGAAAAUCUGUCAUAGACAUGUUGCAUUCACCUCUCGCUCGGCCUGAUAGAAUGUUUAUUUUUCCUUUUCUCGUGACCGAGUGUGAAGCAGAGGUGACCGGAAAGGGAAGCAACCUUUUGCGUUUCCGUGUCUGGAGAUUUUGGGCUCACGCUGACGGAUGAGGUUCGAGGACUUGAAUACUAGCCAUUCCAUUUUAUACUCAAAAGUUUGCCAGUUAACUGUGAAAAGAAAAACAAUGUACUUAUUUUAUUUAUAAUGUUUGAUGAAAUUCCACUACUGUGCAUGUUGUCGUGAUCAUGGUGAAGCCUUGACCAGAACAUUGGCCCGUCUCUAAUUAAAAAAGGGAUUUAUAAAGAGCAACUAUUCUCCAGAGGAACUGACUUCAGGUUUAGAUAUGACGUUGACACCAAUUAAAACGAUUGUUUUUUGCAGAUUUGCAAUCCAGGCAUUCACAGCCGCUCAGUGUUAGUGUAAAUUCGCUGUAAAAGGCUGAAUCUGGGUGCAAUAAAAAAGAAUAAUCUAAAAUGCAAAAUAUCUUAAUAGCCUUAAGACAGGCUUUAUUUUCUAUAAACUAAAAUAAUUUGUAUGCCUGAUUUUGGGCUGAAAUAUGUUCUCGACAGGUUUCAUGACUUUCACCCUAAAGCAAGCGUUUAAAAAAAACUCUAUUCACCCCAAAAAAAUGAAUGAAUCAUCUCUGCCGUUUGAUGUUUGGAAUUAGCAAGAAGUUAGUCUGUAAUGUCAGAAGAUAUUUUUUAGGAUAUUUUUUAAACGGAUGUCAGAGAAGAUUCUCGCUCGGCACAUACACACGCGCACACACACCACCGCCCCACUGCUCAAUGCCUGCACUCAUUCCUGCUUUACCAUGUGACUUAUGCAACAAGAUUCCUUUUGUAAAGAUAUGCUUUGUAUUAAAGGGGAUAAUGGGGGAAUAGAGUCUCACAAAUGCAUAUUUUUAAAACGAUGUCGAUUAUAUAUUCUAAAUGUAUUUCAGUUGUAAAAUACAAAAAAAUGAAAAGUUAAAAACAGAGUUAAGGGAGAGUGUUACUCGUGCACCUGUGCUGUAAAUUUGUUCUUCGGUGUGGUGAAAUUUAUCGCGGUUUCUUUUUCCUAAUUUUCAUUGACGUGAAAUGUAAUGUCUCACUGUUUACUUUCCGGAUAGCCAACUAAACGCAGCAGGACCGUGUGUUUAGAUUUGGAGGUUUUCUAUUUCCUGUUUUGAGCAGAGGACUGAAAGAGUGCAUGUGCUCACAGACUCGUGCCGUUUCAUCAUCCACCAACACCUUUUUUUGUUUUAGGACCCAUGAGGGACUUUUAAAAAGGGACUUCCUGUUUGUGACAUAAUGUACAUUUAAAUGACUACAGGAUGAUGAGCGUCCUUUGUAAUUUGUUACAGCUUGUGUUAUGGACAUGAAAAUAUGUGAAUUACUGAAAAACAAUGAAAAAAUACAAAGCAGUUGUUUAGUCCGGUGCAGUGUAUAUGAAUAAAUAGAAAUAAUUCAUUGUCCUAUUAAAACUCAGACAAAAAGACAUUGUUGCAUUGUGAUCAUUGAGGAUAUUUUUAUCUCUCAGUUUUCGUCAAUGUACACAUUUUCAAUACUCCAUGAAAUCUGUAUACAACUGUAUGCUGGUGUACUUCUAACAUUUUAUAAACAAAAAGAAUUUUCUUGUUUUGAGAUUUCUAACCCUGUGCCCAAAUUUGCAUACUAUCAAUCCUUAAUAGUACUCGAAAACAGAAUUAGUAUGUUGAAAUUACCAUCCUUAACAGCCUAGGUAACAAUAGUCACUUGUUUGUAUAUUGCAGAAUAGCAUAGGAACAAAAAUGUACCAAAACUCAGUGAACUGUAUUAUUUUGCUGCCUUAAAUGUAUAAGUACAAUUAAACUGGUUUUACAGGUCAUUUCCUGAUACUGUUACCAUUUUUAUCAUAUUUACAUUAACUCAACUUAUUAAAACAAGUUUAAAUUGCUUAACUCAUUUUAAUAAGUUACAGUAACUCAUCGCUAAGUUUCAAAGAGUUGAAAUGACCUAGGCACCAAAACAUUUCAGGGCACAACUAGGCGAAUUGUGACGCUGCAUCACCCAGUGUGUAUUUUCUUCCAAUGCCUCAAUAAUACGCUUCAAUACGCAUUUUUCCUAGGCGGCACUUUCAAAGGAAUCGUCUUUGUCCGGCAACUGAACAUGAUUAAGUUACACCUAAGCUUUCAAAUGCGGUGACCACUUGUCUCUUAUAUACACUUGGAUGGGAAGAAAUGGCGACCGCAUCUAUUUAUUGUACUCGCUGUGCAGCACAAGAGCUGUGCUGAGCUCCCUGUACGCGUGCGAUAGGACUGGACAUUAGCAUAUUUCCCAUCAGGCCGAUGGUAAUUGAGAUGUUUGAAGUUGGUUGUAGGAAGAGGCAGUAUCGCAGAGCUGCCGAAGGCAUUGAGAAGUGGGGGACCUCGUCACAAAAGGGGGGAUGUUGGAGUCGAGCCUUGCGCAAGCUGCAGCUGUCUGUUGGUGACCUCGCUAUUUUUACGAAGAGGUGAAAAGUUAAUGGUUUUAUUUCCCGACUGGCUUGUUUUACUGUACUCCGCAAAAGGAAAGGGGAGCCUAUAUGUGAUAGUAACGUGUGCAACCAGGCUUUUAAGUGACACGCAGUCAACCGAUCUCAGCGAGAGUCUUGACUGAAAAUAUGUUUUGACAGGGAUUUAACAGAGUAGGUAAACACUGCAGCACAUGGUCACACAAGGAAGAUAAGAUUACAGGGAUAUGGCCAGAGUGGGAAGCUGCCGCAGGAUCAUAUCUCUCUCUCUCUCUCUCUCUCUCUCUCUCUCUCACUCACUAACUCACUCAUACACAGGAGAUGAAUGGGGGGGGGGGUUUGUAACAAGAGAGGAAACAGUAUGUCUUUUGUAAAGCUUGUAUGACGGCAAUCCUGUGCUCGUCUCGUUCAUAAGUCUCAUCCUGCAUCAGCAGAGCUCUGGGGACAAGAGGAAGCUGACAGACGCUUUUCUAGUCCCUCUGUGAGCUUUUCAUGAAUAUGUUCGUAAUAUUGCAGUCGGUGUGUGAAUUUUAUUUAUGCAUUGGAAACCUUCAAGGAGGUAUUGCCUGUAGCAUACUACACAUUUUGUCAAACGCAGGCAGGUCACAUUCACCAAAAUGUCUAAUAUGCAACAAUAAAUACCGCCUGGAAUACCUGGAAAAGGAACAGUUCACCCAAAAAUGAAAAUCCUGUCGUCAUUUACUUGCCUUUAGAUUGUAGGAAAAAAGGAAGAUAUUUGGAAGGGUGUUAGCAAUGUUCAGUUCUGGAAUAUCAUUGAAUACUAUAGGAGGACAAAAUUUAUGAUACUCAAAAGUGCUCCAGAACUGUUUGCUUUCCUUGAUUCCUAAAAAUAUUUAAUUCUGUGUUCAACAGAACAAACAAUAUACAAUAUUUUUUUCUAUUAUGGUAGUGAAUGAUGUUUCCGAACUGAAAAUUGCUUACAUUCUUGCAAAUAUCUUUCUUUGUGUGCAACAGAACAAAGCAAUUCAACAGGUUUGUAACAACUUCAGGGUGAGUGAAUGGUGACGGAAUUUUAAUUUUUGGGUAAACUGUCCCUUUAAUGGUCGGUUUUGUUGGUUGCAACACGUUUUUUUGUUUUUAUACUUCAAGUCGUCUGUCCUGUUACGGUCUCUGGAAGAAUAACAAUGUGCUAGAUGUGGCAUUUCAUCACCGGAAGUAAUAACAAGAGCAUUUUUAACCCUUGUAUGGGGUUGAUGUUUUUGUUAUUCAGCCAAUGUUUAUACCCGAAGCAUUUUCAGUUUUUAGAUCAGCACGGAAAUAAAGAUGAUAAAAAAUAGAUUAUAACAAAGACAUAUGAAUAUUAUUUUUCGAACACCGCAGUUAAAUCGCAUUGAAAAGGUUUUUGUAAAAAAAGUACUAAAAACAAAAUCUGUGAUAUGGGUGAAAAACAUGUUUUUCGUGAAUAAGUAAACAUGUCAUAAAACGUCAUUUUUUAGAACAACAUUUAAAACGCGUCUCACUGACCCGAACAAGGGUUAAACAUUUAUUUCAACAAAUUGCAUACUUCUGUUGUAAAUGUUUAUCGCUACAUAAUACACUGUUUGCAUACUAAAAACAGUAUGCAGUAUCCUUAUUAAACAGCACAUGUCUCAUUUUAUCUGUUUCCUUUCUCUCCUUCUAUCCGUCUCUAUGUCUGUGUGCUCUUUAUUGAAGAUGUUUUAUUCAUUGCUUUACAUCUGUUAAAAUUCAUGAAGCAGACA